GGUGGGGGGUGGGGGGUGGUGGUGGGGGGGUGCAGUUGUGACUCAUUCAGGUUGAGAUGACAAAGCAGUUUCUCUCCUCACACAGUAAUGAAAAUGGCUGCAGGGGCUGUCGUUGUCUCUCCCAAAUAAUUCAGUUGAAUGAGGCAUGAUAUUACAAUGAAUAAAUAAAAAUGUGAUAUUAAGUAGCCUACAGUGAGAAAUACUCAGAAUCAGAAAAGGGAAUUAUAUCUUUGCAAGCUGUGUGGUGUGAUUACAGACGACGUGACAAAAAUCUCUCAAGGCAUAUGAUGUAAAAAAAAAAACUGCUUCCUUUCCACCAUAGUGUUGAAGCCCUGCUGGUUAUGUAACAGCGCUCACAAGCUCAGCUUCCAAAAAGGUGUGUCCAGAGCAGCGUGCCAAUCACAAUAUGCAAACGGAGCAGAGGCUGCACCGAGCAUGAGUGAGAGCCAUCAGGAGAAAGAUGGAUGAUGGGAUGGAGUGGUGUUUGAGGGGCGGGGCUGCAGCACGACUUAAAAAUGCUGCAGCAUCCGGCUGUCUCUCCUCCUCCUCCUCCUCUCUCCAUCUCGUGCAUACCGGCUGCUUCCUCCCCCCUCUUUCUCUCAGUCUGCCUGCUGUAGCCCUGCUGUGCGGUCCUCUCAGCUCUCUGUUGUAGCACCGAAGGGAGGAGGAGCCACCAGCACACUCACACAGCCGCACACUUGGGCAUCUCACAUCAUCUCCUUUGCACGCUCACUGUAAGCACCAGCCAGCCAGCCAGCCAGCCAGCCAGCCAGGCCCGUUUGGAGCAGGGGAGCCCAGCCGUCUCGUCGCCCAAGAUGGAUGUACUGAUGAAGGGGUUCUCUAUGGCCAAGGAGGGAGUGGUGGCCGCCGCAGAAAAGACCAAAGCUGGAAUGGAGGAGGCAGCAGCCAAGACCAAGGAAGGGGUGAUGUAUGUAGGCAGUAAGACAAAGGAGGGAGUUGUGUCAUCAGUAAACACAGUGGCCAACAGGACUGUGGAUCAGGCCAACAUCGUUGGAGACGCAGCAGCUGCUGGGGCUACUGAAGCAUCACAGGCAGCCGUGGAGGGUGUUGAGAACGUCGCCGCGUCAUCCGGGCUCAUCAACCAGGGAGAAUAUGGAGGAGCGGAGCAAGGUGGAGAAGGAGGAGAGGUAAGGAAACACCUUGAGGGCGGUAUUGGUGCAAAGAAGAUCAGUCAGAUCAAAUUAUGUGUUACACUUUUGGCUAAGAGCAGCAUGAGUAGGAAUUAUAGCUGCAACUGA